AUGGACGAUGACAAGGUAGAUGAAGCUCUGGAAACCUUGCAUCAGAUCUGCUAUCUUCUCUGGAACGCCAAAACUGGCAUUAUUCCAGCUGAAGAGCUCGCUCGUCUGCCGCUGUCACUUAUAACACUUGAUCAUCAGUCUGUUGUCUCCGGGGUGAACGUGCAAUACUUUAUUCCGUGGACCGAGAAAGAGCUACAGCAUUACGAAAGAAAUCUUACGCCCGAGGAGGAAAUUGAAAAAAUCUCAUGUGAGGAUCGUAUUCUCAAAAACGGAUGUCGGAUGGGAUACACUUUGUCAAGGCCAUGGGGGAGCGGUGGGGAAUGGGCGGAAACAAUGUGUUCACGAUUUGUUACGGAAGUGGACAUUGCACCCCGAAAAGGCACUGAGAACGAUGAGCUGCCCUUGAAAGCGCUAACUGGGUGGAGACAUUCCACGGCAAUCCCUGAUGACCCCCCGAUUCCACAGCCAUGGUUCAUACAGAGGGAAUGUUACGAAUGGGGCCCAUGUUGUUACUGGACAUUGCGCGGCAAUGGACACCCACAUGUCAAGGCCUCGAUGUUUCAUGGUGUUGAUGGUGUCGAUGGGAUGAUUUUAAGGGAAGAGGUCAUGGUUAUCGUCCUUGUGAUGAUCAGUCGACUGCUGAAUGAAAAGUUCGAAAAGCAUGCUGUCGUCCCUGUAUGCUAA